AUGGUGCACAUCCCGAAAGAUCAUGCUGCCGCGGACGUUAUCCUUCUACAGCAUAGACAUGGCCCAAGCAACCACUACAUUGCCCAAUGUCGGCUUGAUGACUCUGAAGAUGAGUCCGAGGACCAGGACUUUUGGCCCGACUGGGCUAAUGUUACUGGUGAGAAUGACUCCCUGAACUUCAAUCAGCAAAUUGUGGAGCUUCCUCAGCACGAUUGCUUUGUUGGCCUGACUCCUACAAGUUUGUGGGCAAUGGAUCUGCCAACCAUCCGUGCAGACAUGUCAGCUUCGGACAUCGCCAGCAAGCUGAAGUGGCGCAAGGUUCUAGACUUGCCCAUUGAGAAGAAGCAAGAGCAGGAGCAGCUCAAAAUCUGUCAGUUUCCUUGCCGGCUGUUGGCACGCCACGGCCCUGACCAAGUUAUCAUCUUCGGUGUGGAGA